AGGAUGCAGUUCAAUGAAUGGGAGAGAGAGAGGAGGAAGUGAAGUGAGAGAGUGAGAGUGCAGUUUGACCGAGCGUGUUGCCCGAGCGAGUGAAGGACCCUGCCCCGUUGCUGCUGCUGUUAAAGCCCUGGUUUGGAGAUGGUUGAUUCCCAGUACUUCCUCCCCAACGACGUUGGGAUCUCUCCUCUGGACUGCAGGGAGGCGUUCCAGCUGUUGUCCCCGUCGGAGCAGCUCUAUGCGCACUACAUCUCGCGGGCCUCCUGGUACGGGGGCCUGGCUGUGCUGCUGCAGACCUCCCCAGAGUCCCCCGCUGUCUACGUGCUGCUGCAGAGGCUGUUCCGCGCGCAGCCCCCCAGCGAGCUGCAGAGCCUGACCAUGAGCCUCACCGACGAGGAGUACCAGGCUCUGCUGGUGUAUGCUGCAGGAGUUUACGCCAACAUGGGGAACUACAAGUCCUUCGGAGACACCAAGUUCAUCCCAAACUUACCUAAGGAGAAGCUGAAAGCCCUGGUGUGGCAGAGCCAGGCGUUUCAGGAUAACCCCUCCGAGAUGGAGGCACUGUGGAGCAGCUGCGGAGACCGCAUGUACUCCCUGGAGGAGAGGCAGAAACAGCUGGGGCUGGGAGACAAGGGGAUCACAACAUACUUCUCAGGGAAUUGCGGUUUGGAAGAUGCAGAGCUUGCUCAGAAGUUCCUCGACUCGAAGAAUCUGAGUGCCUACAACACGCGCCUGUUUAAGACGGUGGAGGCCGAUGGGAAACGCUGCUAUGAGGUGCGGCUGGCCUCUGCUGUCAAGGAAGCAGCUGCAGUGGACGGAGAAGCUGACAAUAAGUGUGGCAGCUUUGAGUUUGAGGGCGCCAGCUUCAGGGUGCUGAGAGGAGACUACGCGCCGCUCAUGAAGAAAGUGGCGGAAAACCUGAGGAAAGCCACGGCCUACGCUGCCAAUGAGAACGAGAAACGCAUGCUGGAGGAGUACAGUCGCAGCUUCACUCUCGGAUCCAUCGACGCACACAAGGAGGGGUCCCGCUACUGGAUCAAAGACAAGGGUCCCAUCGUAGAGAGCUACAUCGGCUUUAUAGAAAGCUACCGAGACCCCUUUGGAUCCAGAGGAGAGUUUGAAGGUUUUGUGGCGAUGGUUAACAAGGCGAUGAGCGCCCGCUUUGCCCAGCUGGUGAGCUCUGCGGAGGUGUUGCUGCCGGAGCUGCCCUGGCCCGCCGACUUUGAGAAGGAUCUCUUCCUGAAGCCCGACUUCACGUCCCUGGAUGUGCUGACCUUCGCAGGCAGCGGCAUCCCCGCUGGAAUCAACAUCCCCAACUAUGACGAUAUCCGGCAGACUGAUGGCUUCAAGAACGUGUCUCUGGGUAACGUGCUGGCCGUGGCGUACGCUACCAAGAAGGAACAGAUCACCUUCCUGCAAGAGGAGGACAAGGACCUGUACGUCGCGUGGAAGGGGCCCUCCUUCGAGGUGCAGGUGGGCCUGCAUGAGCUGCUGGGGCAUGGCAGUGGGAAGCUCUUCGUUCAGGAUGAAAAGGGGAACUUCAACUUUGACCAGAAGACUGUGAGAAACCCUGAAACCGGGGAGCUGAUCUCCAGCUGGUAUAAAGGCAGCGAGACGUGGGACAGCAAGUUCUCCACCAUCGCGUCUUCGUACGAGGAGUGCCGGGCGGAGUGCGUGGGGCUCUACCUGUGUCUCAACAGCCACGUGCUCAGUAUCUUCGGCCACGAGGGCACAGACGCUGACGACUUGGUUUACGUGAACUGGCUCGCCAUGGUGAGAGCUGGGCUCCUGGGACUCGAGUUCUACACCCCUGAGAGCCAGAGCUGGAGACAGGCUCACAUGCAGGCUCGCUUCGUGAUCUUGCGUGUUCUGCUGGAGGCGGGGGAGGGGCUGGUGACUCUGCGCCACACCACCGGAGCGGACGGCAGGCCGGACGCCAUCAUCUCUCUGGACCGGAGCAAGAUCAGGAGCGUGGGCCAGCCGGCCAUCGCGAGGUUCCUGUGUCGACUGCAGGUUCACAAGUCAACGGCGGACGUGGAAGGAGGCAGGGCCCUGUACGAGCGCUACUCCGCAGUGACGGCCAGCGAGCCAGAGAACUUCCUGAAGCUGCGGGACACCGUGCUGCUGAGGAAAGAGACGCGCAAGAUGUUUGUCCAGGCCAACACCCGGGUCAAAGGGGACGCUGUGGAGCUGCUGGAGUACGAAGGCAGCGCGGCCGGGCUGAUCCGCUCGUUCACAGAGAGAUUCCACGAGGACGGAGAGGAGCUGGAGAAAGAGCUGCUGGAGCUGAGUCGAGCCGACUCCCCCUGCUGGUGCUGAGCACUCACUGCGGGUGCCACUCCAACACACACACACACACACACACAUCGAUUCAAACUGAUUCAAUCAAUUAUAAUGACAGCGCUGCUAUAUUUCCUAGCAGCUUUUUAAACAAGCAACACAUAACAAAACAAAGAGAACCCGAGUGACAAUUGAUUACCAAUUAGUGUUAUUGAUUUGGAAAUUAUCAGUUUAAUCAGUUGACCCUGGUAAAAAUGCUGCAUGAUGAUGAUGGACAUAGCUUAUUUCCAGCUGUAAUAUUUUACGUACAAGUUUUAAAUAAACCUCCACUGAAUGAUUUAAAAGAGAAUGUUUGUUUAUUUCUUUCAUGGAGUUAUCUGAACAGCUUAAAAUAGUUUACAUGCAUGAUUGCUUCAGGGAAUUGUGGGAUAGUUCUGGCUGCGUGGAUUGAUUCAAACAACUUAAAACUGAGCAAACGAAAGGACAAUGCAGAACGUACUGAACCAGUCACAUGGACAAAUACAGCAGUGUGCAAAUUUAUUGGAUCACCCCAUUGCUUCUGUUGUGAUUUGCUGAGCAUAUGAAAUCAAACUGCACAUGUAACUUGCUGGGGUCUUUGUAGACAGGGCCAGGGGUAUUGUCAGAAUUCCUAUAUUCAGGUGGUCUUUUUUUGCAGUUUUCACACUGCUAUUUGCUGGCACUUUUAAAAACAGCUAUAAGGAUCUUCUAGGAGAAGGACCUUGUAAAAAUAGUUUUCUUUUCCUUUGCGUUUUGUUCUGCUUACUAAAAUGAAGGCUCCUGUUUAAUUGCAUUGCGAAUGAGCAUUCUGGCUAGAUUCUCAGUGCCCCGAGUACAGUUAAAUUCAUCCUCAGAUUGUAUUGUCAGUUAAUUGAAAUAAAUAGAAGCAGAGCUAAAUACAGCAACUGAUUUCACAUUUUAAAAAUAGGACCCCCAGCUUUUUACUAACAUUUUAAAGACAAAAGAGGCAUGCAGGCACUUUCAGAUGUGUUUUUGGUUUCAUAUACGAUUUCAAAUGACUGCGUCGUUUUUGCUGCACUGCGGUUUGGCUCAGUUCAGAAGUGUGUGUGCUUUACUUUCAGUGCUGAUGUGGGUGAGGUCUCCUGGUUACUAAGUAUUACAGACCCAAGAUUUAAUUAUUCAUGGCAGAUGCACAGGGCGAUUCAUAAUACCUGCAACGUUGCUGUUUUUGCAUGGUUUUCAAUUCUACUAAAUGGUUUAUUGGACAGCCCUCUAGUGGCCAAACGGUGCGUUGCAGAGCGUCUCUGUCAAACAUUUUUCCUUUGCACAUUGCCCUCUUUGUACCCUCCAGUUUUCACCAUGCUCUGUCGAUUGCCAUUGUGAAUUGUGUUGGGUUUCAUCCCCACUCUCCUGUGCAAACUGGCACAUUUCUAUAUGACGCUAGCACCUACCAAUAAAAACAUCAAUUGCAACCAGCUUUCUUUCUUUUUUUUUUU